AUGCGUGCUUUGAACGUGGGCGGCAUGUCCCGCGGUGGUAGCGGCGCCGGAAAGACGGCGACUGCGAAACGCGUGCCGCCGCCGGCUGUACCUGGAGAUGCGUUUGGUACACCGCAACAUAGACACUCGGGCUCCAGCUUUGGAUCUCAAGGGUAUGCGUCAUGCGAAGAACAAGCCUACCCACAGCCACCAGAUACACCUUCACAUACAAGAGAUGAUCAUUCAGACUAUGGCAGCACAGUGUCAGGAGUGUCGGGAGUGUCGGGUGCUAGCGGGAGCAUGGGCAAAAGUCCAGCUGGAGGUGGUACCUUUACGUUUCCACCGCCCACACAACCACUCACGCAUAAAGCAGCUGUUUACUACCACCACCAGCUAGCGCUGAGCGAUGAUCAGGGGAUAGAUAUGACACAGAGCCCAGGGCGUGAUAGUCCUGGCUCAUCAUCAGGAUCAGCAGGGUCAGGAUCUAGGCACUCUUCUGCGUCACUUGACAGCGGGAGAGCGUCAGGCCGCAUGCCACACCAUCAUCACGCUGCUUGCCACUGUGGUGACACCGUCGACAGAGUUCGGGCUAUGAUCUCUCAGGGACUUCCGGAUCAGGAUAUCAUACACGCUUGGUUAGCCGACCUACAGAUGGAAGAAUAUGCUAGACUCUUCAUAGAUGCAGGUUAUGAUCUACCGACGGUUACAAGAAUGACGCCAGAAGAUCUAACGGCUGUUGGUAUUAAGAAACCAAAUCAUCGCAAGAGGUUAAAGGCUGAACUUGCUAAUUUAAAUGUACCAGAUAAUCUACCUGAUUACAUUCCGGGGUCGCUAGAAGAGUGGCUUCGUCUUUUGAGGUUGGAAGAAUACGGACCAGCUCUCGUAGCUCAGGGAUACCGGACCGUUCACGACGUUACACAGUUAGCUUGGGAGGAUUUAGAAGACAUGGGUAUUGUUCGUCUCGGUCACCAGAAAAAGAUUCUGCUGGCUAUAAAAAGAGUGAAGGAUAUAAGAGCUGGUAAACGAAGUAUCAGUAGCCAGGGAUCUAUCGACUUCACACGAAUACCGGGACAGGAUUUAUAUCCGAGGGAGCAUUACCAGCCCUGGGAGAGACAGGCGAGAAGUUACCAUAAACCUCCCGAUCUAAAGUUUGACGCCCUACCAACGGCCCUAUGUGGCACAGACUUGGUUCCUAUCCAGAUACGUCAUCCCCGCGGUAAAUCACUUGAGAGUCUGGAAGACCCGACAGAGAGAGCGUCGCAUACGACAUUCUCGCCAGAAGCUGGGUUUUAUUACGGAGGUCAGUGGCGACGCUCCUACGACGACGGUGACAUCACACCGACGAACGACAGCUCCUACGAAGGCGGGGGGACCUUACCGCGCCCUAGAGGACUGGUUAGACCACGACCUGUCGCGAAAAUCCAAGCGACGCCAGCGUACAGGGACAAAUCGCCAGAUUAUACUUACGAUGAGAUUGCGUAUUCAGCGAGACUACAAAGAGUAGCGUACGGCGCCAGUCCUCACGUCGCCAGAAAACCUCCACCGGAACCUCCGAAGAGACAGAGCUCACAAUACGCUCCGUUCACCAGGUUCGGGCAAACUACCGUAGAAAUACAUCCAGAGAAGAGCCUACCUUUAAGUUUGCCAGCCUACCCUAGUUCUGAUUCUCUCAGUGUGUCACUGGACAGUACGGGGCUGCUCCCCCCUCCACCCGCGCCUUCGUCGCCACCGCGGAGGUACGACGAUGACAAGCUAAGAACCGGCUCCGACGCUAGCUUUAAGUCAAGUUCGAGCACCGAGUCAGACAGCAUUCCAUUCGCAAAUGAAAACGCAGGAACUAUAAAACAGAACCGCGGCCAGAUAGCGGGACGUCCCCACACCGUGGACUACGGCCGAGCGGGGAUUCCCCUCACCACUCUGCCGCGAAAUCCCGAUAAAUCAAACCCGCUAUCCGAGCACAAAGAAGAGAGUAAAAGCUCCGAACCAGUGGACGUCCUAAAUGACAUUGGCAACAUGCUCGCCAACCUGACAGAUGAAUUGGACGCCAUGUUGGAAGAAGAGAAACGCCAAGGCCUGACCGAUUCCUAAAACGUCUUAUAAAAAUAUUGUACUCGAAUACAAAAUUAAUAUAAAUAGAAUGAAUAAAUUCCAAAGAUUAAUGUCCUGAUCGAUGUAUCUCCAUUGAUGUGAACUAUUGGAAGUGAACGUUAAAUUUUCUAGUGUAUUUCGGAUAAUAAUGGACAUUAUUUAUGAAAAAUUUAACUAUUAUAACAAUUGUUUUAUCGUUGUUAAUGUAUGUAAGAAUUCUGAAAAGCAAUAGUUCUGGUUUGACAGUCAAAUGUUAUUAUUGAGUAGCUUCAGUCUUGCAUGCUUUAUUAGGUCUACGAGACCUAUCACGUGACAUAUCUCAAUGGCAAUUUAAAUAGGGGAAAAGAAAAUAAAUCUUUAUAUCUUUUAGCCCCCUUAAUAUAUUGCUAAGGUAAUGUACCAUAAAUUAUGAUUGAGUUGAUAUCGUAUAAUCCGAACAAAUACUUGAUAGUUUUUUUUAAAUAUGUAAUUUCGAAUAAACUCCAAAUAGCGCACUUAAACUGCCUCGAUCCAACGCCUUGCUCCUAUAUUCCUAUCAAGUAUACCUAAUGUCAUUUAAUUAACUUUUAGCUAACCUUUAUAUAUUAAAGCCAGAAUGCUCUUUUA